AUGGCCUUCCGUCAGAACAGAACAAAACACUCAUCGCUGCUGCAGUACUUGGACCUCUUGGAAUCUCUGGGCGAGUGGCAGCUCAGCCUGCAGGGUAUCAACGAGAGCACCAUCCCCAAGGACCUGUCCAAGACCCUGCUGCUGUACACCGUUCCUGCCAUCCAGGGCUUCUUCCGCUCCAUCUCCUUGUCCCGCGGGAACAACCUGCAGGACACUCUGAGGGUCCUCACGCUGCCGUUUGACUACGGCCACUGGCCCGAGGUGAACGAGGCUCUCGUGGAAGGGAUCAAGACCAUCCAGAUCGACACCUGGCUGCAGGUGAUCCCCCAGCUGAUCGCACGCAUCGACACACCCCGCGCCCUCGUGGGCCGACUCAUCCACCAGCUGCUCACGGACAUUGGCCACUACCACCCGCAGGCGCUGAUCUACCCGCUGACCGUGGCGUCCAAGUCGACGACGACGGCGCGGCACAACGCCGCCAACAAGAUCCUGAAGAACAUGUGUGAGCACUGCAACACGCUGGUGCAGCAGGCCAUCAUGGUGGGUGGCCAAGGACACCGACACGGGACA